AUGCCACAUGUGGACCAGUUUGAUGGAUUAGGGGACCCCAUGGUGCAUAUCCGGUUGUUCUCAGAUGUCUUAAAGUCAAUGGGCUUAGCUCAAGCCGAAAAGCUAUCUCUGUUCGGGCGAACUUUGUUGGGUAUAGCUGCCGCUUGGUAUGCCAAAUUGGAGGAUUCAAUGAAACAAAGUUGGAAGGAGCCGGCUGAGGCAUUCAUUACUCAGUACUCCUAUAAUGCACAAAUUGAAGUAAUAACUCAGGACUUAGAAGUAACUCGUCAAGAGCGCAAAGAGAGCUUUGUGGAAUUUAUAACAAGACGAAGAGCCAAAGCGGCCAUGAUGACCAACAUGCCUUCAGAGAAGGAUCAAAUUCGAAUGGUCGUGAGAAAUUUAUAUGGCAAGAUAUUGCAAAAGAUGAUAGUCCUUCCGUUCUUUUCCUUUAAAUAUUUGCAUCAAAUGGGGGUCCAGAUUUUAGAUGUCAUGAAGCAAAGAAUCAUAUUAGAUGAGCAAGAACCUGUGAGAAAGACCUUUGUUUGCGAUUCCAAUGCUACUAGAAGUAGUAGCACAACCACGAAACCUUCAGAAAUCAACAUUGUUACCACCUCAACCAAAAUAACCAACCCGCUUGCUGAAACCAACCCACAACUUCACAAAUCAACCAGGCCUUGUAGCUAG